AAUAUGUUGCUUCUUUGCUUUGCUCUCAUAGUCAGCUUUCAUUAAGCAAUUUCCUCUUUUUGGUUUGGUCAAGAGGAGGGGCAGAAAAUCAUGAGGUUGAGUACCACUCAAAAGAAAUUUAGUUUUGUCAUUUUUCUCUGAGCCUCUUAGGGUAUACAGACAUGUAAAGGUCAACUUUUCCACCAAUUGGGUGACCAAUUUCCUCCACGAGAAUCGCAUUGGGAUAGAGAGACAGAUCUAGGUACCUUCCUAUAGGUGGACAUUUAAACUUUGAAAAAAAAACAAUUCUCAAGGCUCUAGUAUACUUCAUAUAUUCCAAAAUAUGACUGAGCAAGAGGUUACUUACACAACUGUGAGAUUUCAUAAGUCGUCAGUGUUCCAGAACAAAGUGAGGUCUGAGGAUACUCGAAGUGCUAAAGAAAAUGGCCACAGAGAGAGUUCAGUCCCCUGGAAGCUCAUUGUGAUAGCACUUGGAAUCCUCUGCUCCGUUCUGAUGGUAACUGUUGCAGCAUUGGUGACAAACAUUUUUCAGUAUAGUAAUGAAAAACAUGAACUACAGAAAACUCAAAACCGUCAGCAUAACUGCAGCACCAUGGAAAAGGACAUCAAUUUAAAGGAAGAAACGCUGAGAAAUAUGUCUGUAGAGAGUGUUCACUACAAUGCUCUUCUAGACUUAAUCAACAGAGAACAGAACAGAUGGUACAAGAAAACUAAGACUGUUUUAGCUUCCCCUCAGCACACAGGCGGGUGUGAUGAAAUGCACUGGUUCUGCUAUGGUAUAAAAUGUUAUUAUUUCACCAUGGAUAUAAGGAUAUGGCAUGAAUGUAAACAGACCUGUCAGAACUACAGCUUGUCCUUUCUGAAGAUAGAUGAUAAGGAUGAACUGAAGUUCCUUCAGGACCACAUUAUUCGUGACAAUUACUGGAUUGGAUCAUCAUAUAAUAACAAAAAAAAGGAAUGGUCAUGGAUUGACAACAGCCCAUUUAAUCUUGAUUUUGUGGCAAGGAAUUCGCUAAGAAAAACAGGAUACUGUAUGUAUUUCAGUAUGGCAGGUCUACAUGAUGAUGAUUGUGGUAAAAGAUAUCUCUGUAUCUGUGAAAAGGGAAUGGACAAAAUCCCUGCCCCAUUGUGCAGUGUGAAGGAAACGUCACAUUCUGCUGUGUGAAUAGAGAGAUGAGCUGCAAAGGGAAGAAGUCUUCGUAAAUUUGGCAUAACAGCAGACACAGUAUUCCCUCUUGGCACAUGGAGGAGCUUGCAUGUGGAGAAUGGACGUCCUUUUUUUCCAAGACCCAAACGAUUCCCUCACAUUGUCUCCUGAAUGACACACAGAACCACAUGGAGAACUCAAUACAUAAUGCACACAUCACAUCUUCUUUAGGAUAUUUCUAUAGCCCUUGGCUUGAUAGCACAAUUAAUGACUAAUCUGCCGUUGUGGGUUUUCAUGUAUUGGUUAGUUACUAUUUGGUAUUUUUUUGAUGUACAAAAAGUUAGCAUUUUAAAAUCCUUUUGAGACGAGGAACUGUGGAAAGGAGGACUGGAGGGGGUGAUGACUGGACUGUUAAUAAAUAAAAUAAUUUUGAAAACCUUA